UUAAAAUCAACAUUUGGCAACAGUGCAAAUAAUGUUUUGACAUAACCUCAUAACCAAACUUUUUUCGGUUUCGAUUUUCUCUCUUGACUUGACGUGUCCCUUUUUCAAAAGUUCCAUAUUUCGAAUUAAAAAAUGCAUUCCGUGCUCCAAAGGGGCAACUCAAUAUUGGCCUACGCCCUUAGCGUCUUAGCCUUUUUAACGUUUUGCUGUUUCAUAUCCACAGUGUUUUUAAAUUACACCACAAACACUGACAUCAAGACUGUAAAGGUUCUAGUCAAAAACGUGCCUGAUUAUAGCGCGUCUAGAGAAAAAAACGAUUUAGGAUUCCUCACGUUUGAUCUCAAAACUGAUUUAACUCAUUUAUUCAACUGGAACGUUAAACAACUGUUUUUGUACCUCACAGCCGAAUAUACGACACCCAGUAACGAAUUAAACCAGGUGGUGUUAUGGGACAAAAUUAUUUUGAGAGGAGAAAACGCCGUUUUGGAUUUCAAAAACAUGAACACCAAAUACUAUUUUUGGGAUGAUGGAAAUGGAUUGAAGUCAAACAAGAAUAUUACGUUGACACUGUCUUGGAAUAUUAUUCCAAAUGCUGGUCUACUACCAAAUGUAUUUGCUACUGGUUCACAUUCUUUUAAAUUUCCUGUAGAAUAUACAACUUCAAGAAUGUAAUUUAAUGUAAUAAAACUAUGUUUUUUUUUUUUUUUUUUUGUAAAAAGUUAUGUCUUUUAUUGAUCAAGUGCUCUAAGUGUUGCUUAAAUAAUAAUAAAUUGGAUUUGUUCUCAAUAAUUAUAUACAAAUUAAAUAUAAAUAAUUUAAAAUAAAAAACAACUAAUUGCCUACAAAUACAUUUUGACUAUUAAUAAUAUUUAUUCAGUUUGGACUUUUUUUUCUUGAGUAAUAACAGAAUCAUUGAAUUCUUUUGAUAUUUGUAAUAACUUCCUUAAGCCCUGGUUUUCAAGUUUCAAUUUCGCCAUUGACUCUUCAAAUUUCAAAGUUCUAUUAUCAUCGAGCUCAGCUGCUUGUCUCAUAACAGCAGCCAUUUCAGCUAUUUUAUCAGAUUGCUGCUCUAUUAUGUAUUGGUAUCUUUCUUCUUGAAUUGUUUUGAAAUCGAUUCUUGAUUUGUAUAUUUGGUUUCCUGUGUGCUCUCUAUACUUGGUCAUAAUGUGUUCCAAGGUGCACUGGUAAUCUUCCAAAGCAGAUUUUAGUUCUCUGUUUUCUUGCUGGAUCUCUCGCAAGUGUCUAUUUUCUUUUUGAAUAUUGGCUAUCAGCUGGGAAUGGGGUUUUUGAUUGGCCACUUCGUUGAGCUGCUCCACUUCCUCUUGAAACUGUUUCAUAGCGUCGAUUUUUUUGUUAAUUGCUUGAGUUUCAGUGAGCAGAUUAUCAGCAAUGUCGUCUCGAUCCUUCAACUUUCCUGCAAGUCUUUUGGCAUCGGUGAUAAU